UUCCGCGUCCUGCAUCUUUCAGAGAUCGGCAGUUCGCAGCGGAGAGUAAGUGAGAUCCUCAUCGUCAUCAUCCAAUUUUGUUGCUCUCAAUUAACUACAUAAAUUCUUCCAUUGGUUUAUACCUCAUCGAUUAUCUUUCUCCAUUAAUUUCGUUGUUGAGGUUUGUUUUGGUUUAGUUCUUGGCAGCCAUUGAAGUCGGGAAUUUGAAAUCCGGAAAUGUCAUCGAUCGAGGAGGAGGCGUUUGAGCACACUCUCCUCGUGGUGCGGGAGGUGUCGGUUUUUAAGAUCCCACCACGGAGCACGAGUGGUGGGUACAAGUGCGGAGAGUGGCUGCAAUCGGAUAAGAUCUGGUCCGGCCGUCUUCGCGUCGUGUCCUGCGGCGAUCGCUGCGAGAUCCGGCUUGAGGACCCCAGCACCGGAGAACUCUUUGCUGCCUGUUUCGUCCUACCUGGUCAGCGGGAGAUCUCUGUCGAGACAGUGCUCGAUUCCUCCCGGUAUUUCGUGCUUAGGAUCGAGGAUGGACGGGGUAAACACGCAUUCAUUGGCCUAGGGUUUAACGAGCGGAACGAGGCGUUCGAUUUCAAUGUGGCUCUUUCUGAUCAUGAGAAGUAUUCGAAGAGGGAGCAUGAGAAGGAGUCUGACGGCGUGGAGGGCGACGAGAGCUCGAUCGAUAUACACCCUGCAGUGAAUCAUCGACUAAAGGAAGGCGAGACUAUUCGGAUAAAUGUGAAGAGCAAACCUUCUAGCGGCACCGGCAUGCUUUCAGCUGCUGGCAUGUCUGGAGGAGCCUCUAGCACAAAAAAAUCUGGGGCACUUCUUGUGCCGCCACCAUCUGGAGGUGCAAAGCUGAGGUCACCUCUGCCUCCUCCUCCUAAUGAUCCAGCGGUGUCUAGGAUGCAUUCCGGAAGCGGUGCACUCGUGGCCAAUGAAUCAACCACUAGCUCUGCAGAUCCUUUAUCUGAUCUUUCUCAGUUGGAGAGAAACCUGCCUUCUACAAAUAAAGCUCCGCAUCCAACGAGUACAGCAUCAGGUUGGGCCGCAUUUUGAGCUCAUUAGCGUAAAACAGAUGAGCAGCUAUAUACAAAGCCGAAUUCUUAGGUAUUCUCCUCUUCGGAGUAGUCCAUGCAAAUAUUCAGUGUGAAUCGAAGAUGUGCCUGUAUGCUUUUUUUACAUUAUUUGUGUCAUAACUUUCUCUGUAACUUAUGGGGUUGUAUUGU